AACUAAAUGCUGAGACCAAUUGUAAAUUUUAAUAGAAUUGUUUUCUUUUUUAUGUAUUUUAUAUACAAAUAAUAAUUUCUGCAAUGCAAAGAUAAAAUUAGUAAUUUAUUAACAAAACAAUUUACACAAUGAGUAGUUUUCAUAAAGUUAAUGACCUCCGUGUUUGUAUAAACGGAACUAAAUUAAAAAAUAACCUACCUUUCAUCUCUACAGGAAUUCCAUCACUAGAUUGUGUUAUUGGUGGAGGUUUGCCUUCAGGCAGUAUAUUUGCAGUUGAGGAGGAUGUAUUGGGUAAUUAUAGCAGAGUUCUUAUGAAAUAUUUCCUUGCUGAAGGUGUUAUAUGCAAACAUGAUUUAUUAAUAGCAUCUGCUGAUGAAAACCCCAAAGACAUUGUCCAUGAAUUACCACAACCAUGCCUAGCACCCCCAGAUGAUGAAGUACGUGCAGCAUCUCAAGGAAUAGAUAAGAUGAAAAUAGCUUGGAGAUAUGAGGGACUGAGUCAAGUGGAGUCAUCUUUCGGCAGUAACACAACAUUUGGACAUCAUUUUGACCUGAGCAAGCACAUAGAUGCUGAUACAAUUUCAAAUAGUAAUAUCAGAUAUUGUAAUCCUAAUGUUGAUGGACAAAAUAUAAAUGGUUUCCAGAAUAAUCUAUUUAGCAACCUGUUAAGUGAAAUAAAUAAUACUAUAUCCCAAGAAGAAUACCAGAGUGCCAGUAAAAACAACAAAAAUAUGCUUCGAAUUGGCAUACAAUCUCUGGGAUCACCUAUUUGGAUGGCAAUGGACUGUGACGAGAGUGAAGUCGGAAUUAGAUAUGGGCAUGAAUUGAUAAAGUUCAUCUACUGCCUUAGAGUAAUGCUCCGGGACACAAAUGCUGUAGCAUUUAUAACGAUACCUUCACAUUUGUUUGAUGAUGAACAUGUAAUGAAAAGAAUAAUUUAUUCGGUGGACAAUGCGGUGAAAAUUGAAUCUUUUGCUGGAUCAAGUCGUGAGACAAACCCUGUUUAUAAGGAUUACCAUGGCCUAUUUCAUAUUACAAAAUUAUCAACACCCUUCUCAUUAGUGCCUUUUAUACCGCCGAGUCUGGAUCUCGCAUUCAAACUGAAAAGAAAAAAGUUCAUCAUAGAAAAGUUGCAUUUGCCUCCAGAACUACAAGAAACAAGUGAAAGAGAACAAGAUGACAUUACUGCAACACCACUCACUUGCGGAGGAUUCAAGAAAAAAGAUAUUGAUUUUUAAAUGUUAUAAAUCUAUAUUAAGUAGGUGUAUAUACCUAUUUAUAUGUAUAAGUAAUACAUAUUAUAUUAAAUUGUUAUUGAAUAAAUAUUCCAUCUAAAAUUG